AUAUUUAGCAUUUAGUUGAAUUUCGUAGCUUGCAGACUUUAUACAAUGAUUUUUUUAAUAUUUGCCGCAAUAGUAUUAUUUUUAUUUUUAGUAAUAAUUCAUGUCUCCCAAAAACCCAUGCGAGAUGCUGUACGCAAUAUACCAGGACCAUUUAAUUUUCCAGUUAUAGGACCACUACAUCUCAUAUUGAAAUUGGAUCCAAAAUCCUUUUUCAAAACAGCCCAGGCAUUUCAUUUAAAAUAUGGACAAAUUAUGAAGAUAUGGGCUCUAAAUCGUUUAAUUGUUAUUUCGGGAGAUUGUGAACUCAAUGAACAGAUCUUGUCGAGCACUACUCACAUAACCAAACAACGCAGUUAUAGCAUUUUGCAUCAGUGGUUGGGUUUAGGUCUGCUAAUGAACGAUGGCAGAAAAUGGCAUUCUCGUCGCAAGAUUAUAACGCCAACGUUUCAUUUCAAAAUUUUGCAGCAAUUUGUCGAGGUAUUUGAUCAACAGGCAUCGGUUUUGGUACAAUGUUUGGCUAAAAAUGCCGACAGACAGAAUGCUUUCGAUGUUUAUCCAUAUAUUUGUUCGGCUACACUGGAUAUUAUUGCUGAGACUGCCAUGGGAACGAAAGUACAUGCCCAGACGGAUUCCACCAUGCAAUAUACAUCAGCUGUUAAUGAAAUGACCAAAUUGAUGGCUUGGCGUUUUAUGCAGUUGCCUCUAAAUAUUGAACUCGUAUUCACCAUCUUAUAUCCAUUUAAAAAACUACGUCAAACUAAACUCAUUCAAAUACUACAUGAAUUUACCGCCAAGGUUAUAGAAGAACGACGUCGCACACUAAAAGAAAGUUUAGAAAACUCUACCGAUCAGGACAAAGAUGAUCAAGAUAUUGGUGGCAAGAAACGCUUGGCAUUAUUAGAUGUUCUAUUGCGGUCUACAAUUGAUGGCGAACCAUUAAGCGAUGAGGAUAUACGAGAGGAAGUGGAUACUUUUAUGUUUGAAGGUCACGAUACCACUGCAUCGGCUAUAAGUUUUACUCUUUAUCUGUUGGCCAGAUAUCCGCAAGUACAAAGUAAAGCACUAGCUGAAAUUAAGAAAGUAUUUGCUGACACUGCCACCAAAUCAAUAACAUUACAAGACUUAAGUGAAAUGAAAUAUUUGGAAUGUGUCAUCAAGGAGUCGCUACGUUUGUAUCCGCCCAUACCCAUCAUAGGAAGACAAAUAAAAGAAGAAUUUAGAUACAAACAUUCUCUUCUCGGUGAUGGUAUACUACCAGCCGGCACUGAACUAUUUAUUGCCAUUUUCGGUAUGUUAAAGACCAAAACUGGUCUAGAGAUGUGUAAUGAUUUUAUACCAGAACGCCACUUGAGCUCAGAACCUAGUGAUGCUUAUUUAUUUAUACCAUUUAGUGCUGGUCCUCGCAAUUGCAUUGGCCAAAAAUUUGCCAUGCUGGAAAUGAAGGUGAUUUUAGUGAAAAUUUUGCAGCAAUAUGAACUUUUGCCAUUGGGUGAAGAUGUUACGCCCGAAUUAAAUAUUGUAAUGCGUUCAACGACUGGUAUGCAAAUAGGUCUUAAGAAAAGAAUUGUUGAUUAGUUUUUAUUUUUACUUUUAAAUC